AUACAGUGUAGAAGAAAUGGAUUUCCAGCAAUGUCUCCACCCAGUUUUGGUUUGCUGAAGACACAGUAUAAAAACCCAAAUCUCACUUCAAAUCUCACUGUUCCACUUUCAAUGCUACCUCCUAUACUUGAAAACUCACAAGAAAGUUUAAAGAAAGAAAAACCAAGGGCGGGCAGGGAUAAGGUUGAGCCCAGAAACACUACUGAUCCAGACGAACCUGCAGGACUGAUGGAAAGUGUUACAGGCCGUCAUGUAGCGCCGGAAUCCCUGCAGGACUCUGAUCCAAAAACAUCCUCAUUUCUGGGUGAACUCCCUGAUCCCUGCCCUCCAUCUGGGGAAAAAGGAACACACCUAAAGGAUUCUUUGGAUCGUUGUUCCGAUUCUUCUCCACCAGGGGGCGGUCCAACGCCACCAUUAUGGUGUUCACAUAGCGAGAUCCAAACUGCUCCAUCAACAAACUCCAAAAAGGCCAGUAAAAAACAACAAAGGACAAAAGGCCAGAAUAACCAGAAGAAUAACAUGUGGAGACUCAUCACUAAAGAUUGCGAUCCGAUCAUUAUGACUGUUAAAGAGGUUUUAAAUUUCAUUAAUAAUAAUUUUAAUAAACCAUUAUUAAACCGAAAUAGAAAAUAUAAUGGAAAGGUUUCAGAUUUUACAAUAAAUAAUUCAAAUAAGCCAUCAAUUUAUACAUUUUUGCAACUGGUCAAACAAAAUCCUCAACUUUUUGAACCAAUUCGCAUUUCUUUAAUAAAAUACAAAUAUCGUCAACUAGCAUUUGCUAUUUUAAUAAAGACAAACAAUGAAGCAAAUAAUUCAUCACAACAUUCAAGUCUAAAUAAUGAGAUCGAAAUAAUCGGUCCCUUUUUUCCAAAUGGUAAAAAACACAGUGAGGACCUCUUAAUUGAAGAACUUAGAAAGAAAAAAAAUAUCUCUGUUGUUUGGAUAUACACAGUAAAUAGUCCUUGUUUAGGUAGAAAUUAUAAUUGCCCUAAGUCUUAUCAAUCCUGUUUGUAUAAUUUAAUCAAUUAUGCAAAAAUUAUAAAAUUGAAAUAAACAUUGGUUUCUCAAAAUAUUAUAUCUUUAAAAAAAACAUGCAUAAUUUUAUUCAAAAUCGGAAAGACGAUGGGCUUAGAAACUGGAAUCCUGAUCAUAAAUUUCAGGUUCAAUUCAAUAUUACAGAAUUCACUUUUAAAGAAGCCAGUAAUAUAAUAAAUAACAUUAUUUCUGAAUAUUCAGACUUAGAAAUGACAUACAGAGAGUGGCAUGAGAAAGGAUUGGAAACAUCAGAAAUAUUUGAGUCCACAUUGAGAGAAGAGUUGAAAAACAGAGACAGAGAAACCCCUUGUGAAAUACCUUGUGUUUCACAAGAGACAGAGAGCUCUGAUGAAGAGUUCAGUAAGAUUAAAAAUGAGUAUAAGAGCUGGUGGACUCUAAGUGUCGAUGAAAAUCUAAACAGACACGUAGUUCCAUCUGUUUUAGAACACAUCCAGGGCCUUUAUCCUAAUCUGGUGUUUUUCGAGGUUGAUUUGGAGCAAAUCUUGGAAUAAAUCUAAAUCACUAAUGAUAA